AAUUACAUAUAAAAUUGCAACGAGAAGUAUAACGUAUUCGGGAGAAACUGUGGGGAAAAUAUACCUAAAAUGCUGAGGGCGUUAUACUUCAUAGCACUUCUCUACCAUGGAUCGAUGACAGUAGAGUGUUUGGAGAAAAAUGGAGUAAAAUUGCAAAAACAAUUGGACAAGUUUAUCCAGAAGUAUAAAGAUGCUAUGUUGGUACAAGAAUGUGCAAAUAAAACGAUGCAAAAUUGGCCGAAUUGUUCUGUGGCGGUGCAAUUUUGGUCCAAAACUGCUAUACUCGCACAAGUAGGGAGACCGAACAUGUACGGACACACAGGGAUACAAACAUGGAUUGAAAACUUUAAGACGACAUACCCUGACGCCUACAUGAUCAUUGAUUGGGAACGUGUUACCGGAACAAAGAAUACUGCAGUUGGGUUUGGCCUGUGCAAUGCAAUUUCAAUGAUAGAACCACUCGGUCCAUUUAGGAAAAGCACUCCUAGAGAUGAUAAAAUAAUUUCACAAACGGCAGAUAAGAGGGGCUCUGGCAUAUACCAGAAUGCAACUAAAAAGAAGCUAGAAGCUUUCACAUUGAGCACCACAAACUUGUUUCAGCUUUGA